AUGUCUAUCUUCUUCCUUCCUCAAUAUAACCCAUCAUGUCUUCGAACAUCCCGCAAAUGUUCUCUUCGACAUCUUCAAACACUACUCCGGCAUCACUCUACCCUCGCAGCAACGACCCUCACUAUUCCUCGCCCCCUGACGGUGUUAGGUAUCGAAUCAUCAGCAGAUGAUUCAUGUGCCGCUAUAGUGACUUCUGACCGAUAUAUAUUAUCCAAUGUGGUGAUUAAACAACAUGAUCAGAAUGCGGAUUAUGGUGGUAUACAUCCUUUAAAAGCUCAACAUGCACAUCAAGUGGGAAUUCCUGAAGUUAUACGUCUCGCUCUCACUAAAGCUAGAAUUACUAUUACCCAAGUGGACGCGAUAGCAUACACAAGAGGACCAGGUAUGAUAGGAUGUCUUUCCGUAGGAGCUUCUUCCGCCAAAGCUUUGGCAGCGGCACAUAAUAUACCUUUGAUAGGGGUUCAUCAUAUGCAAGCUCACGCAUUAACUCCUCUCCUCACUGAAUCUAUCCCCCCGGAAUAUCCAUUCUUCGUUUUACUAGUUUCCGGUGGACAUACACAACUCGUCUUAGCCAAGUCAUUGGAUAAAUUUCAAAUCUUGCUCGAUACUCUUGAUAAUUCCAUAGGGAACGUAUUUGACAAAGCUGCACGUCUCUUACAACUUCCCCCUUCACUUGAACGGGGACCAGGAGCAGUCUUAGAAUAUUACGCUUCUCUUUCCUAUUCUCAACCCAAUAACCAACUUGACAAUUCAUCAAAAUCACAUCUCAAUUCCUCAACAGACAGCAUUAAAACCCAAAAAGCAUUCUCGUUCUCCGGAUUACUCAGUGCUACAGAACGUCUUGUCAAUCAACUUUGUCCUGAUGGUAGAGUAGAUGAACAAGUACAAAAAGAAAUAUCUCGUGCGUUCCAAUUCGCUACCAUGGGACAUUUGAUCGAUAAGGUAAGAUUGGUCAUGAAGGAUUAUCCGGACGUUAGAGGGUUGGUUGUGAGUGGUGGAGUUGCAUGUAAUCAGUAUCUCCGACGAAGUGCUGAUGAUAGUUUGGAGAAGAUGUUACGAGAUAUUGACAGUAAAGCAAAGUUGUUUUAUCCACCCGUGGAACUUUGCACAGAUAACGCAGCUAUGAUUGCUUGGACUGCCAUCCUCCGACUUCAGGCUGGGGCCAAGGACGAAGGUUUCGGACUUGCUCUGAGAGCGAAAUGGAGUCUUGAAGAUUUAUAUGAUGAUUUACCUCAGAGAUGA